AUGAGGGCCACGCUGCGAUCGCCCACCGUCAACACCUCCGUGGACUACAGCAUGCGGCGGGCAGAGGCCGAGGUGCGGGAGGCGCUGCUGGAGGCCCUGCAGCCCGCCACCCGGAGCGGGGCGGGCGCGGACAUCGAGCUGAGCGCGAGCGUGGCGCCCGUGCUGCGACCCGACGCCAAGACGGCCGCCAAGCCCGAGCCCGAGGUCGAGGGGCCGUCCUGCGUGCAGCUGGAGGGCUCAUGGCCGUCCGACGACGACAAGCACGUCUCAGGCCAGCUCGACUACGUGGCGCUCACCUUUGAAGAGAAAGUCACCUGGGACGUGGGCACGGCCCUGGAGCUCCGCGGCCAGUCGGCGGCCUGCGCGGACGUGUGGACCUCCACAUCCGCGAGGGCGAGCUCGAGGCGCUACCCGGGAAGGUGCUGCUCUUCCGGAUCCCCGGCCCCCUCGCCAGGGGCUGCUGCUACAGGACGCGGGUGCGUGCCUCCGCGGUGGCGGCGCUGGACGGGGAGCGGGGCCUCU